CAUAGGUGGUAUUUCCCCGUUAAAGAGUUUAUGCAUUGAAGUUCUGUUUGACUUUCUAAAGCGGCGACGACAACAACAGCAACAGAAAUCCGCGAAGUUAAAAAAGUCAAAUGUGUUAAUUGUUAACUAAAUAUAGAAGAAGAAGGCUUGGAAGCUGUAGUGGGUGGAUUGAUCAGGCAGCGUAUGAGUAAAAAGGAAAAGGGAAAAUUGUCAGCCCUACGAAGCCAGUUGCCGGUAGGAAGGAUCGCACCUGUUCUGUGAAUGAACAGAAAAUGAAGCUCUAAUAAGCUGACAUUGGUGACGGAAGAAGGACAAGAAUGAUUACAUAUCCAUAAUUCCCAGCAGUAUGUCAGGGUAUAUACCCAGUUACUUAGACAAGGAUGAGCUAUGUGUAGUAUGUGGGGACAAAGCCACCGGAUAUCAUUAUCGCUGCAUCACUUGCGAAGGUUGCAAGGGUUUUUUUAGAAGAACCAUUCAGAAGAACCUCCAUCCAACCUAUUCCUGUAAAUAUGAAGGAAAAUGUGUGAUAGACAAAGUAACAAGAAAUCAGUGCCAGGAAUGUCGCUUCAAAAAAUGUAUCUUUGUUGGCAUGGCAACAGAUUUGGUGUUGGAUGACAGCAAGCGGUUGGCAAAGAGGAAGCUGAUAGAAGAAAAUCGAGAGAAGAGACGUCGGGAAGAGCUGCAGAAAACCAUUGGGCACAAACCAGAGCCAACAGAUGAGGAAUGGGAGCUGAUCAAAAUUGUUACUGAAGCACAUGUGGCCACCAAUGCACAAGGAAGCCACUGGAAGCAGAAAAGGAAAUUUCUGGUAAGGGCUGUAGCCUUGCACACUGUUCUCGGAACCAGGUUCCAUUCUUUCUUCUGAAGUGCCUUCCCAGCAUUGCAACCCCAGAGAGAUUUUAUCUGCCAGUGUGUUCAUGUUUAUGAUAAAGGGAUGAUUUUGUGUAGUUACUACUUGCUUUUUCUUGCCUGAACCUCAGGUUUGAUCAGAUCACGUAUUUCAAAAGAUUAACAGCAUGUUGCUGAGUUAACGCUAACUCAACUGGAUACUUUUAUUGUGCGAUGAUAAGAAAAGGUAGAAAAAUUGUUUCACUCCUGAUUAAGAACAGUAGCAGUCUAUAAUGCAUACCGUAUUUUAUUUAAUAUAUUAUAUCUAGGAAUAGUUGUCUUUAUUAGGGACUAGCAUACAACGUAUUGUAAGUGUUAAAACAAUGUAAAGUUUUAGGUGAAAGCUGGUAAUUUUUGUUAAUGACUUGUGGGCUUUCCUUCUUUUUGUUAAUGGUGAAUACAUUAUUAAAAUAAAUUAGGCAAAGCAAAAUUAAUGAGAACAGGAUGAUACAUACACUAUAGCAUUGGGAUUGCAGGCUACAGAACAACUUUCAUUUUCAUCCUGUAACUAAGGAUUAGAAAAUAAAGGGUGAUUUGUGAUGCUCAACCUUAAAAAAGGAUUUAUUUGAUUUUUCUAAAUGGAUUUUUAAGGGAAAAAUGCAGAAUGCAGAAUGCUUAUACAGCACAAAAGAGAGAUUAUCGACUGCAUUUCAGGAAUACACAGGGGUCUUUAACAGUCUGUGUAUAGCAAAUCAGAUAGAGAAUACUCAUCUUUUUGCAAGCCUGGGCUCCUGCUGCAUAAUUCACCAUGGGAAUUUCAACUCAUGGUUGACUUGGUAAGAGAAAUUAUGUAUUCAAAGCAGCUGAUCUCUUUUAUAAUGACUUUUUUUAAAGAUUCCAGUGACACCAUCUAAAUUUCUAUAUGAAUGGCUUGUGUUCAUACUGGCGUGUAGUCAGAAAAACCACAGCCAGUCAUCACUGGCAAGAAGCAAGAGGGUACUUUCUAGGGGUGCUGCAGA